AUGGAUGGGCUUACAGAGGCCUUGAGUGAGUCUCACGGACAGAAACCGAAACGAACCAGUCCUAGUUCGCUGAGCAGUUCGCACUCACGAUCAUCCUCUCUAUCCAAGAACUCAUUGCAAGACCGCCUAUUUACAAAACUACUCCAACAAGUCAUACCAACUGACGAUGAAGAUGAAACUGAUGCAUCGGGAGACAAGGCCUUGGCCUCUCCUCAGAAACCGGCUUUCAGCUUGCCCGUAAUGGCCAAUAAUUUCCGUCGUUUUAAUGCAAGAAUCGGAGUGGUCUUUUUGCUCCAGAGUCGUGUGGAGCAAGUAUUCAGUUGGGAUUCACCAACCCAUACCACCUCUUUUCUUUUUGUUUACUCUUUUAUCUGCCUACAACCUCAUCUACUGUUGGUGUUGCCCUUGGUGGUGUUCUUGCUCUUUAUCAUGGUCCCGGCAUUUGUGACCCGUCAUCCACCACCGCCGAACACCUCCACGUCCAGCACUAUGCCUUACUAUUCGUAUGAUGGACCAGCGCUGGCGCCAGCCAGAACUAUUAAACCAGCGCCAGAGACCUCUAAAGACUUCCUCCGGAACAUGCGAGAUCUGCAAAACUGCAUGGCUGAUUUCUCAGAUGCCCACGAUGCCGCUAUCUCGGUCUUUGCCCCAUUGACGGAUUUCUCCAACGAGCAGCGCUCUUCAACUGUUUUCCUGUUCGGCGCCAUAUCCACAGUGUUAAUGUUUGUCAGCGCCCAUCUCUUGCCCUUGAACCUCGUCUUUCUUGUUGCUGGGAAUGCAGCGGUACUCUCCAUCCAUCCAACGAUAGGCAAAUUCUUGUUCGAUCUCAUCCAUGAGAUGGGUGGAGAUUCCAUUGACGCGGUCUUGGAUGAGCAUGAUGGAUUCGCCGCAUCAGUCCCUGCGGACCCAACUGCAGCGAUGUCAUCACUAGAAAAGAUUGCAGACAUCUCCUUGGACACAUACCCAGAAGAACGGGAGGUGGAAAUUUUUGAACUGCAGCACCGUGCUGCAGGAACGUCAGAGUCUGGCUGGGAAAGUUUUGUCUUCAGUCACGCGCCAUAUGACCCACUAUCACCAUCUCGCAUCGCCGGCGAUAGGCCUCGUGGAUGCCGAUUUUUUGAGGAUGUGCGAGCUCCGUCUGGCUGGGCUUGGAAGAGCAAGAAGUGGGAACUGGAUUUGGAUUGCCGGGAAUGGGUGGUGGAGCGCAUGAUCACUAGUGUUGGGUUUGAGGUGCCUGGCGUGACCGCCGAAGGCAACGCCAUUGUCGGAGAAAUUGGUGGUUGGGUCUGGGACUUGCCUUGUACUCGGCAAGAACCAGAUGAGGAUUUGAUCUUGGCCUAUGGAGAUUUGCCUGAGUCGGUUUCCCCCAAAAAGACCAAGGGGAAGAGCAAAGAAAACGAGAACGUCAAAUCUCAGGAUUGGGAGGAAGGCAAUGCAUCCUUCGGAGUGGGAGAAUGGAGACGUCGACGAUGGGUACGAGUAGUGCAACGAAUCAGCCUUCCGCCGGCGGGGGUUGUUACCUACUCAACACUUAACAGCUAA